AUGCAGUUGACUCUCUCUAUUCUCUACUCGACGGCCCUUUGGGCUUGUCAUAUUUCUGCGAGCCCUCUGCCCCAAUCGGGAACCGGAGCAGACUCGUGCGACACUGAUCCUUUGACUCAGGAAACCUGGACGUCCCUCAACAUCGAUCAGUUCCUCACAGACUGGACUUCCAAUGUCACUCAGGCUGAGACCAACAACGUGCAGGCUCUUGCAGAUUCCUUUGGCUCACCCAACUUUUUCUGCGGUAUCGAUCAAUUUUGCAAUGCUGGUCAGCCAUGUGUUCCGGUCAAGCUGCCUGCCUGGUAUGCACUGAUGGGAGUUCAGAACUGGAACAACUAUAUGAACAAUAUCAAUACGGCCAUCCAAUUCGCUUCCAGCAUCAUCGGUCAAACCCUGCCAGGAAUUGUGUCUGAUCUCUACCCAACUCCCGACGACAACGUUACCCCCCUUCAAAAUGUCGUCCGAGCCAUCACCACCACAGUUGGCGUGGUUCCAUUUGCAGACAAGAUUGCAGGAGUAGUGCAGGCCUCAUUCACCGGCUACGUCGGUUACACGCUCUCACUUGUGAAGGCACCCACAACCGAUGCAUUCCUGCAAUGGAGCAACGUGGCUGCAUCCCUGGCCGAUAUCAUCCAGGCUUACCAAGCAGCUGUAUCUGAUGGACUCAAGAAGGUCUUGGACACUCCUGUUGCUGACCCUGGUGGCAUCUACGAGCAGCUCGAGGGUGGCAGGUUCCUUGGCAGCGCUCAAAACUUCACUCAAAGCGAACUCCAGGCCAAGAUGAUUGACUCGUUCAAGACCUACUCCAUCGGUUUGGCUCUCCAGGCCCAAAAGAUCUUCAUCGCGCGUUUCUCCGGUGUUGACCCAGAGAAAGAUUCUUGCGAAGACGCUGAGCGGGCUUCAAACUUGUGCCAGAACGACGAAAACGGGGUCUAUACCAGAUACGUCCUGGUCAAGGUCGACGGGGAUGGCAACAUGGACCCACAGCCUGACGUCGCCGAUACAAUCAUCAACAAGUAUGGCUUCUCAAAGGAGAAAGUUCUAGUGGAGCCCACGAAAUGUUUCGAUAAGAAUGGUGGUAAGCAGGUGACGGAUGACUUUGGGGAUUUUAUCCCAAUCGAGCCUAACACGCUAUGCCUGUACAAUGUAGUUGUCUGCGAUGGCUCUAAGCUAGAAGAGUGCAGGGGUAAUGGCGCUAAUAUCUAA